AUGAGUACAUCUACAACCUCUACAACAUCAACAACUAGCACUAGUAGUAGUGGUGCUUCAUUACCAUUACCACCAACUACACCUUCCAUAUCGACACAACAAGCAUCAACUAUAGAUCUUGUAAAGCACCCUUCUGGUAUUGUGCCUGUUUUACAAAAUAUUGUAUCAACUGUAAAUAUGGGAACAGAAUUAAAUUUAAAGACUAUUGCAUUGGGUGCAUUAAAUGCUGAAUAUAAUCCAAAGCGUUUUGCAGCAGUUAUUAUGCGUAUUCGUGAUCCAAAAACAACAGCUCUUAUCUUUAAGAGUGGAAAGAUGGUAUGCACUGGUGCAAAAUCAGAGGAAGCUAGUAAAUUGGCUGCUAGAAAAUAUGCUAGAAUCAUUCAAAAGUUGGACUUUCCUGCUAUCUUUAAAGACUUUAAAAUUCAAAAUAUUGUAGGAUCGUGUGAUGUUAAAUUCCCAAUUAGAUUGGAAAAUCUAAAUAAUGCUCACAAGGUUUUCACAAAUUAUGAACCAGAAAUCUUUCCAGGUUUAAUUUACAAGAUGAUUCAACCUAAAGUAGUAUUAUUGAUUUUCGUUUCUGGAAAGAUUGUACUUACAGGUGCAAAGGUUAGAGAAGAGAUUUAUGAAGCAUUUGAAAAUAUCUAUCCUGUAUUAAAUUCAUUUAGAAAACCUCAAGCAGCUUUACCUGCUCUUCCUCCUCCAGAAAAAUAA